UUAAUUUCGACGCUAUUCUCCGCGUCCUCGAAUCCUUGUUGAACUGCGACUGGGAGUCAGCCCUGAUCGGUUCGUUAAUUCUGAACAGAAUAACACUAGCCGGUUCGAAACAUACCCCACCGGUCAAGGCAGUUAGAGCGAAAGAGAAAAGCGUACGGAAGACACUGAGAGACCCGAGUCCGAGGAAAAGCAGACAAAAAGGAGGAAAAUUAUAGUUUAACAGUGCUUUCAGCGGAUUCCAAACCGAGCAGUCGCGUUCCAGUCCGAAUGAGUGUCGGGGUUUUUUUUAGAGUUCGACGUUCAAUAAAAUUUUAUAUACUUCAUCGUAAUCGUUUAUCACACUCGGUGAGUGAAGGCAGUGAAAGACGGAAGCAGCAGGAAAAAAAAUCAACGAAUUUAGAAACAGCAAAAAUUCGCCAGGGCUCUGUACCAGUUGUUUAUCUUGAAAUAUGAUUUUGUUUUACGGUUUCUGAUAUCAAUAACGAAUAAUGCGAAAACUAAGAAACACAUGUAUAUGAUGAUCUAUUAAACAUUAACAACUUUAGUGCCCAGAGCAAGAAGCAAAGAGGUGGUGAAAGGAUAAACAGUUUAGUGCGUGUAAAUUUAACACAUCAUAAUUGACAUAAAAAUAAUUUAAUAUACGGAUGCCGAAUACUACAAGACUAGAUUAGAAACAUUUAUAUCGCUACUACUGCAUAACUAAUUGGUUGAUUGUGGUAAUUAUGAUUGUUGUGUCAGCACAGUCAUUUUUCAACGCAAUAAACUAUGUUGGAUGAAGUGAUUAGAAAGUGAAAUUCAUGUGGACACAAGUUCCUACUGCAUUAAUUAAUCUAUCGCUAUGUGUGUUCAUCCUAAAAUGACCUGAACAGCGCCGUCGAACGAACUUAGAAUUUUGAAGUCAGUGCCAUACAAAAGUACGAGUUACCGGUUGAGUAAUGAUUAUAAAAAAAGAAAGCAAUGACAAUCACUAUCCGUCGCUCAGAGUGAGUGAUUUAAUCAUACGAAAGAAUAUUCCGAACAUACUUGGAAGAAACAGCAUUCUGGCCAGUGCGGCUUACGGGUCGCACGCUGCUGCCGGGGCCUGGUGGGGGCAGCACUCCCAUUCGGUGCACGCAGCUGGUGCUGCCAUGUACGAGGACCCUUCCGGUGGCCAUGCAAGUGUUGGCGGUCGGAGUCCACCGUCCCUUCAGAAUAACACCCACAGCACAAAUCAUAUCGUACAGCAGCAACAGCAGCAGCAGCAGCAAAGUCAACAGCAAGCCGCAGCACAGCAGGCACAACAGCAAGCAUCAGCACAGGUACCAUCCCAAGUUUCGUCCCAGCAGACAAACUCCUCCACUGGUCAACAAAACAGUUCGGUCGUGUCCUCCCAAACGCAGAUUGUGGCACCUUCCACGGCCAGUGAAUCACCUGCCAGUGUGAGCUCUCAACCUUCAGGCCCUAUUCAUAUACCAGCAAAACGUCCAGCAUUUGAGACCGACUCGUCUCGUCUACGGCAUUCGUAUCCGUGGGGCUACGACUCCGGUGCCGAUUCCGCGUACCAUCCUCAGUAUGGUCCGUACGGCCUUGGAGCUGACAUCAAGCCCAUGUACUAUCCGGGCUACCCGACCGAGGCCAACUUUCAACCACAUCACUACUAUCCAAAGUACGAACCAGACGCGUACAUCGCGUCCUCCGAACGAACCCGAGCAGUAACAGCGGACGCACCAUCGAUCCAAUCCAGCUACGACACGUACAAUUCGGCGGGACUGCGGCCGUACAGCGAAACAUAUCCUACUCCUGUUGGUUCGAGUCUGUCGGUUGGAGUUAGCGGCGUUGGCUCCUGUACACCAUCCAACCCGCUCGAGUGGACUGGCAAUGUGACGGUGCGAAAGAAGCGGAAACCUUACUCAAAAUUCCAAACGCUCGAGCUGGAAAAGGAGUUCCUAUUCAAUGCCUACGUUUCAAAGCAGAAACGAUGGGAAUUGGCUCGAAAUUUGAACCUCACCGAGCGGCAAGUAAAAAUAUGGUUCCAAAAUCGACGGAUGAAAAACAAGAAAAAUUCCCAGCGACAGGCAGCACAGGUCAACAGUAGCAGUAGUAGCAGCUCCAGUCAUAAUCAUGCUCAGCAACAGUCGCAUCACAAUUCCCACCACCUGAAUUUGGGACUGGGCAUGCCACUGCACGGUUCGAAAAUGCAUCAGUGACCCAUGGAGCACCAUCAGGACGACGCUAAUGGACAGCUGAAAAUGGAAAUGUGUGACGUCCCGACAGCGCCAAUGUGCAGCCACAUUCCACAUCCCCAUCUGAUCAACUAUCACCAUUAAACGAUGAAUCAAACAGUGUUACUAACAGAUGCGAGAUGUUUUAUAGUGGCACAAAAUUUGGAGCUCUCCUUGAUAAUACGUAACAAACGCGCUAUUAAUAACGUUCAAGCAAGGCCACCAACAUACAGCUUCUGCAGAGUGUCGUCAGUAUGUGGGAUAACGCAACUAAACCAUACAUUAAAUUAAUCAAUAGAUAAUCUUGAAUGUAAAUAAUACAGUUAAGAGAAACGAGUGAGUUACAGAAAGAAGGUAUUUUCCUGGAAAAAAGGAAGAGAGGAAAAAAUAAUAAAAAAAAACACAGUAAAAGUUAGUGAUUAUAUAGGACAAGACAAAAUUCAUUGCUUGAAAUUGAUUAUUCAAAUGGGACAACAAAUUAUAAAAUAGGAAAUUUUCUUUCCUUGGUUAUAGAAAAACGUACAAGUUAUUUAUCUCAUAGAACACUAAUGUGAAAGAAAAAACAAAACUAAGGCAAAAUCAUGUGAUUAUAAUUUAAGUUGUGCUUAAUUUUUACUCCUUGUUUUUUUUCACCUUUUUUGUGCAGUCAGUAAGCUGGAGAACUUCUCCAUUUAAUUUUUGCUCAGUGUUGUAGUUAGAGCAGGCGAAGUUUUUUUUUUAACAUUUGUUUCCUAUAAAUCUGCGAAACUCUAAAUAAAAUUUUGCCAAACAUCGAUUUAGCGAUAUUGUAGUGAGAAGCAUUAUACAUCAUGCCAAGUAUAGUCCUGAGUCGAUCAAUAGCAUAUAUUCUUGUAUUAGUUUUAUAAUAUGAGUUGAAAUAGGAAAAUUCAGAUCCCGGUUUGUUUCCAUUUUGGAUCAUUGGUUUCGACAGUUUUUGGUACCGUAAAUGGCAAAUUGUUUAAAAUACCCUGGACUUAUUGCUACUAGAACAAAAAAAUGUUUGAACAUGUCGAAUAGGAUUUGAGCAAAUAUGAAUAUGAAUUCAUUCGAAAUUUACGGUACUUGAAUAAAUACAAUGUCGAAUUGAGUUUGUUGAGAUUUUAAAUUCAAACUUUUUUGUUAGCUGAUUUGAAGAAAAUGUGUUCCAUUAAAACUGUUUUUGCUCAUAUAUACACCACACAAGUUACUGCUCUACUUCUACCAGUAGAAAAUAAACCAAAAACAUCAAAAAGUUAAUAGACUCAGAAAGUUAGAACCAGGAGGCGCUAUCCUAGAAACUGCCCCUUUUUUAUUUUUUUUGGUUGUUCUCUAUUAAAUGUUUUUUAUUAAGCAUUGAAACUUUAGGAUGAAUUACUACCGGGAUGAUUGCAACUUUCUUCUAUUCUGAUGAAAAAUUUUAAUUUAUGCAUUCUUCUUAUUUGUACAUAUACCAUUAGAACGGCCGUUUUAGAUUUAAAAUUUAGCGUAAAAGUAAUAGUGCUAAAAUAGAGUUAUGAAUUUUCAGACAAAUGAGAAAAUGUACGAAGUAUAGAUCCAGAGCAAAACAUCACAUUUUCUCUAUAUAACCAACAAAGCAGUUUAGUGACAUUAUAAAAUGUGCUCAAGUUUCGCAUAAAACAAGAACAUAACUUUAGUGAUUGAUGAUAUUAAAAACGAGGGAGAAAUCUGGUCAUGAUUACUCUUCGCGAAGUAACAGGAACGUACUUUCUAAUAACCGCAACACACCAGGAGAAGUCUACUGCAGCUGCUGUGGUUCCGUUUCAAACCCGUACUAAAACAUUGGAACUUAAGCCCAGUAAUAUUGCAUUAGAACCACAAACCUCUCGAGCGAAUUUCCAAAAAUAAAAAAAAACUCUAAUGAAAACCUCAAUUUCUCUUUUCAACUUACUUUGAAUAAUGUGUUUUCGAAAACAUUUUUAGAUACUUCUAAAAGUGUUGCAGGAUAUGCAAAUAAUCAUAGUAUCUCGAAGAUAUAGGAGAAAUCAUGUACAUAAUUCUUUUUCACUUUAGACAGUACUUCACAGCAGUUAAAACAUUUGCGGAUAGCAGCUACUGUUUGAUGAAUAUUAUAACAUGCGAACUGCAAUAAUUGUCAGUAGCAAAACCCAAGGGAAUCUUUAUUGAAACAGAUUUAAAGGAGGUCAUUAUAAGUGAAAAUCAAUUGAAGUGAAAUGGAUAACUGAUGUAAU